AUGGCCGUCACCGCCAUCGAUAUCAUGCCCAAAAAGCCCUCCUCAUCUCCUCUCUCCUCCAACAACCCCUCCAUGAAUAAGCGCUUGCCCCCUCUGGCCGACAGGACCUCUCUCUCCUACAAACUCACCACCCUGUCCCGUCAGAAACUCGCCCGGGAGGCCACCGCCCCCGACCCGGACAUUCGUCGCUGCCUUGGUCACUUCCGUCUGCACUGUAUGUCCAUGGAAUGGACUCAGAAGGACAUGUCGACGCGCAUCAACUCGUUCGACCUGGAGGACGACGAGUCCGAGAGUGAGGAGGAGGACCGCGACGAUGAAGACAAGAAGGGUCCCGAGGACCGCAAGGAUGAGGACCAGGACCGCCAGUCCUCUCACAAGAACAACGAGUCGGCUGAGAAGACCUCGGAGCCUGAGAAGACUACCGUCCAGGUUACCUUCCAUGUGUCUGCUCCUGCAUCAGCCCCUCAAACAUCUACCGACAAAGAAGAGAAGGAGGAGAGCCUCCUCGAGAAGGGUCGCAACUGUCUUGAGAAGACCGUCCAGAGGAAAAACUUCUGGCCUUCUCCGGGCCAGUGCCUGCCUGUGCGCAUUGCUGGCUAA